AUGGGCAAGAGAAAGAGAAGCAAGGUCGAGGAUUUUCAGAAACCCAAGCUGCGGGUAGGGAAGAGGAAGCCUCAUGCUGAGAAUCAGACCGAUACAUCCUUCAAGUCAAAGUCCAUUGUCGUCCCUGCACAAUCUAUCAGUGAAGACAAGACCCAUCAAGUCACAAGCUCCCGUAAUCAAUCAAUCAACGAACUUAUACAGCAACUACACCAUUUCAAUUCUCUAGCCAAACGAGAUGCUAUUGCCGGUCUUCGAGACAUAUUGAAAAAUCGCAGACAAGGGUUUGAACUGUACCUCAGCCCUGUCUUACAAGGCUUGUGCAGAUUGCUCAUUGACGAGAACAACUCGGUGCGAAGUGGUACUAUUACAUUGAUUCAAGAUAUCUUGACUCAGUUUCGCGAGGAGGGAUUCAGACCAAAUGCAUCUCUGGCAGUAUCAUUCGCUCUGUCUGGAAUGACACAUCUUAUAGAAGACGUACGAAUAGAUGCAUUCAAGUUCUUAGUGAUCUUAUUCAGAAUGGUACCAGGCACAAUGUAUACAUUUCACUCUCGUCUACUUCCUCAAUUUGUGCUUAUGCUUGGAGGUGGUUCUGAUAGUCGCAAAGACUCUGCUGUCAGAGCCCUGACUGGAAGUAAACAGUUUCGAUUGGAAUUGGUGACAGCGACUCAUGCUUUUCUGGGCAUAUGUCUCGUUCCACCAAAGACAAAGCUAAAGGACUUCAUUCCUUCUGGGGAUAUCUAUGUUCCAGGGUCCCCUUGUUUCUCUCCCACGUCACGUCCGAACUCUCCCAUGUCACCUACGUACUCUCCUACGUCUCCUACAUAUUCCCCUAAUUCUCCUACCUACCACCCGUCGUCGUGGAAGGCUGAUGAGGAGGCAAGUCCAUUCUCCCACUAUUACGUCUCUUGUGUUAAGCAUUAA